AUGCAAGGUGUUUUGCCUCACUUUAUUAUAUUCGUUUCCCUGUACUCAGCAGCUCACGCCAACGGAGAUCAAGGAAAUGCUUCAGCAUCAAGCUGCAAGGCAUGUCAGUCUUGCCAAUUGGUUGGAAUACCUGGAUCAAACGGCGUUCCAGGCAUGCCGGGAAACCCAGGUUUUCCCGGUAGGGACGGCACUAAAGGAGAGAGAGGUAGCCCCGGAAAGCGGGGUGCCCAAGGAGUAGCAGGGAUCCCUGGGAAAAUUGGUCCGAGAGGCCCUGAGGGUCCCAAAGGGCAGAUGGAAGAGAAAGGAGUUAAUGGUACGGGAAUCCCAGGGAACAUUGGCCCCAGGGGCUCCAAAGGAUUCAAAGGAGAAAGAGGGAUCAGUGGAACAAAGGGACAAAAAGGAGAUGCAGCAAACAUUGACUCAAGACAACUGGCCAACUGGAAACAGUGUGUGUGGAGGGCAGAAUCGAAUACAGACAGCGGGAAAAUAAAGGAAUGCUCCUUCAACAAGUUGUACAUCAAUACGACUCUUAAAGUCUCAUACCAAGGCAAUAUUCGUGAAUAUUCUCAUGCCAAAUGCAACAGAUGGUAUUUCAAGUUUAACGGCAACGAAUGCAGUGGUCCCAUGCCGAUUGACUCAGUCCUUUUCAACCGCUGGAGUAGUAGUCCACCGUCUGGAAUCCACCAUCCUCACUUCUUCGAAGGUUUCUGUGAGAAUCUUCCUCAAGGCACGGUUCGGGUUGAACUCUGGGUAGGCAAGUGCGCUAGGGUUCCACUGGGCGAAGCUUACACAGGAUGGAAUUCAGUGUCCCGGAUUAUGAUUGAAGAGGUACCACCACCGCAGUAACCAUGUUAUCAUCUGAACUGAAUAGAUAACGGUGUUAAGGGAAAGAUGUUUCAACUGAGAAGUAAAGUUAAAUUAAAUUAAAGUGUGACGGAUAAA